GUUAGUUGCGUCUGCCGAUAAUAGCACAUCAGGCAGUGCUCUGCUAUUGGGAGAGCAGAGCACAGGCGGUGAAGAGGACUGAGCUGCUGCGUACAGAAUGGUACACUAAGAAGACAGGCGCACUCACAAGGAGACAGUGAGGGAUAAAGCUCGCGAAGAGAGAGCGCAUCAUCACAUGUAGAGAAGAGGACUGAGAAGGAGCAGGGCAGUGGGAAGCAGAGAGGAAAGGAAGGAGGGGAAAAAGUUACCCAGUCAGCAAGAGAACCUGGAGCAGCCGAGACUCACUGGGGUCUUGGUCCCUCUGGAACAGUCAGGCACAUCAGUUGGAAGCGCAUGUGGAGAGUGAUAUUACAGGAGGGAGUGCUGUAACUUCUUCCUAGAAAGACAGUCCUGUCAUAAGGCAAGGGUAAUGCUCCUCACUGGACCCUCCUGCAUAGCUUACUUCAGGAUUAUCACAGCAAGGCAGCGGCUGUGAGCAGAGGAAAUUAAAUGUGCCAGAGGUGUCAGUGCAUUUCAGUUCAACUUGUUUCUGUACAGGAGACUUUUUUGAAGUGGAUACAGUUUCGUACCUGAGUGCCUUUUUUUUCCUUUAUUGCUUCAAAGUGUGAAGCAGUGGAGACUCGGAGGGCAAGUUGUUCUGUCCUGUCAUCUCUGAGACUAUGUUAGACUGUGCGUCAGAGAGCCCCUCAUCAGCAGCUGCAGCCUUAGAGCAUGGAGAAGUCCAGCAGUGAGGAAUCAGCCAUUCACCGUAGCCCCUCAGUAGAUAGCCGUGACUCAGAUUUUCCCCAAGCCUCUACGUCUGGCCGCCCAUUUGGCGGCCGCGGCUUCACUGCCGGCGCUUUCUACGGCUCCACAGGGCCACGCAAAGACGCACAGCAGGGACAAGCUGGAGCGGCAGCUGACACCAGCGCAGGAGACAAGACCAACAACAAGUACAGCUCACCUAAAGGCAGCAAAUACGUAGUCUUUUACCUGGAUCUAUCCUUUGUGUUCCUUUUAGAAUUCAAGAAGUGCAACAUGGCGAGAGGCUGCCUCUGCUGCUUGAAGUAUAUGAUGUUCAUCUUCAAUCUUAUCUUCUGGUUAUGUGGCUGUGGGCUGCUUGGCGUGGGAAUCUGGCUCUCUGUGUCACAGGGUAGCUUUGCCACCUUCUCACCCUCAUUCCCUUCACUGUCAGCUGCCAACAUGGUCAUCGCCAUUGGCGCAAUCGUCAUGGUAACAGGCUUUCUUGGUUGCCUGGGUGCCAUCAAGGAGAACAAGUGCCUGCUUCUGAGCUUCUUCAUUGUACUGCUGAUAAUCCUUUUGGCGGAGCUGAUAUUGCUCAUCCUGUUCUUUGUGUACUCAGAUAAGGUGAGUGAGAACGCCAAGCAGGAUCUGAAGGAUGGGCUGUCUUUGUACAACUCAGAAAACAACAUAGGCCUGCGAAAUGCUUGGAACAUCAUCCAGGCAGAGUGGAAGUGCUGCGGUGUGAUAGCAUACACGGACUGGCAUGAGGCCCUGAAAGAGAAAGUAGUUCCUGACCGUUGCUGCCAGGAGCAUUACCAAAACUGUGGGCGUAACUCCACCAACAUGUUCUGGAACAGGGGCUGCUUUGAGAAAGUGGAAGAAUGGCUGGACGAUAACAAGCAUCUGCUGGGAACCAUAGGCAUGGUCAUCCUCGUGGUGCAGCUCCUGGGCAUGGCGUUCUCCAUGACACUCUUCCACCACAUCCACAGAACAGGGAAGAAGUAUGACGCUUAGCCUCAGAUGGAAUAACCCGAUGGAGAGGGCCCCACUGCCUGAUGGGAUAAGACUCUGAUAUGAACAUCCCUACUUUCCCCUUCACUUUGCAGCCUCUGUAGAGCAUCCUUCGCCUCCCCCUUCCCAGACCUGUACAGAUUCCAGCCGUGUUCCUGCCCCCUCUUACUCUUUCUUCUUAUCAUUCAUUUUGCCAAAGAGUAACACAACUGGAUUAGAAGGGACAACUACUUUUGGCAAGGAAGAGAAUCCCAUUGGUUGUCACUCCUCUUGAGUAUACUUCAUUUAUUUUUUUGUCUUUUUUAAUGGACUAACCAAUUGCUGGAAGGAAGGAUGGAUUCUGAGACAAUGAAUACUAUACUUAUUCCCACACAGCCUCUCUAAGACAAAGACAACCCAUGAAACUGAAGAAAACUUCACUUCUUGUGGGGAUUUUGCUUUUUUUUCAUCAUGUUUAUUAAAACCAAGCCCAUUUUUGUCCCUUGUAAAUGAAUAAAGAUCAAAUAUGGCAUGCUAGUUUUCUACUUCACUGACUUACCUAUUUCCUUGAAAUAUAUGUUCCUGCCACUUUUUGUUUAGAACCGUUUAGAUUUUCUUUUUUUCUUUCUUUUUGUAUGUAUAUGAUCAUCUCUCCUGUGGAAUGUUAAGUGUUGAACAGAUCAGUGCAAUGAGCUCCUAAACGUGCAGCAUGUGUAUGUGUAUGGGGUUGGAUUUGACAUGAUGUUGCUGUGGAGGGCCAUUGACAUGUCAGGAUGGGUUUUUAGUACUGUCCUUUUUUUUUUUUUUUUUUUUUUUACUGUAGGGAUUUGGAUAAAGGGAGUGUGCUGGAGGAGAGUUAUUUGAAUAUGAGGAAUAUCAUCAUUGGAUUAAUUUUAUAUCAAAUUCUGUGGUGUUCUCUGAAAAAUACAUUGCAUUGCACAAUUCUGCCUGUAAGCACACACACACACACACACACGGUGCAGUACAACAUACCAAUGAUAUUCCAAUUCCCUAUGAGACAACAAAAAUGGUGUUUAAUGGUUGUUUAUUACAGCUUUACGAGCCCUGUCAGCCAGCGAUCUGAGUGAUAAAGUUGUUUUGUUUUUUGUUUUUUCAGGACUGGAUUGUGUGUGUGUGUGUGUGUGUGUGUGUGCCUACGUAGCUCAAUGUGUUUGUUUUAUCAUGCAGUCCAAGCUGCAAAAAGAAAGAAUUUUACAUUGAAACACUGAGAUUCAGGGGCAAGAAGGCCACAAACAGAGCAGACAUGCAUUCUCACUGCAGCCAUCAAUAGUGUUGGCAGAGGCAGCUAGAGGCUUUCUCAUAAAGAUCUCAUCCAUUCGCUCUGCCCUCCUCAUUUUUACUCUCUCUCUCUUUCUGUCCAUUUUUCUUAUUUCAUCCCAGUAUUCUUCACACAUGUCAGGAAGCAAUGAGUUUCAGGCUCCACACAUGCACACAGUGUCUUCAUUGACGUCCCUGCAAGCAACUCCUCAUAUUUUGCUUAGGCGCACUUCUCAUGCAGGCAAGAGGAGAGAGGAGGGAGGCAGGAGAGUAGGCAGAUCAAAGCUGAGACAGAAAGGUAUGGCAACAUGCCCUGUAGGACACGUCUGUUUAUGUCUGUUUAUGUGUUGAUGCGCCACAGGAGGGCUGAGCAUUAGCCAGCCUCCUGUAGACUGAAAAUCCUCUUUAUCUGCUGGUGGCUUAAAUACGAUGCCCUCCGGUGUGCCUGUUCAAAAUUUCUUAGGACCUAGUCAUAUAAAAAACUACAUUAGUGUUGAGAGAUAAUUUAGCUGUGGGUGUCAGGUUUUUGUUCAUUGGUUAUUGUGGCAUUACGCUCUCCAGAAUAAAUGCAAUUGACAUCUGAAUGUCAUCAGGGCGAAAAGGAAAACAAAUAAGCAAGUGAUCAGAAAGCUGUGAACACAUUGACAACUUAGCAUAAUUGAUGAGUUUGGAAAUCCUAAAAGACUGAAUGAGUAAUCUGCAUGAAACUGGAGCUGGUUUGGUUGCAUACUGAACAAAGGAAUCAGAUAUAUAAGAUAUAUUUUUCCCUCUCUUUCUCUUUUUUAUGUUUGAAUUUAUUGGCUCAUGUCGUCAUUUUUUUUCACUUUCUGCUGCUGCAACUCCAGCUUUUUGUUGCCAAACAGCCAUGCAUAUCUGUCAUGUUGAUUUCUGGCUUUGUUUGGAUUGAAAUCCCUCCAUUUGUGUUGUUCAUUUAGUAUGUGUUUGCUAAAAUGAAACCAAGUAAUCAAUGUUGCUUACUUGAUUAAUUUAGCAGCAAUUACAUAAGAAAAAGCCUCAACAUACAUGCUUCUUAUGUGGCUAGAUGAGUAUAUGAGUCAUUUUUAACCACCCCAAAUUCUACAGUGUUGAUGUAAGAUGUCACCUGCACAUCACUGAUAUUUCCAGAAGCAGAGAUUGUGAAGCUUGUGCAGCCAAAGCUGUGGCUGAUUGAAGCUGUUACAGCCACACAAAGCUUGAAGUGGAUGCAUUCUAAAUUUAGUCCAGUAUAAUUGCAGAGUUUUUGCUUCAGAAUGAAACACAAACCUUAGAAAUUGUUCCUUUUUGUUAAAUGGCCUAACAAAGAGAAGAAAAACAGACUAAAUAAUUAUACAUAUUUCCAGUCUGGAUGAAUGUCUGCCUCAAAGCUUCUUCAGACAUGUUUCUUAGCCUGUUUUUGACUAAAUUGGUUUAGUGAUUGUUUAAUCUGAGAGACAGUUUAAGAAGGGAGGGGGGCUGGUUUGGCCUGUCACGUGCAGGAACCCUGCUGGCCGAGAAAACACUGUCUACCCUCAUAUGCUUCGGCUCGUCUUGUGUCCACGGGGGUAACAUGACAGCUGCUGAUGUACAGUGCAGACACGAGUGGUCGCAUCUCCUCUGCUUGGCUGCCUCCGCAAACUCUACACAUCCUUUAUUUACUGCUUCACUCUGCUGAAAUCUGGCACUAGAUACAGGCACUGGCUCUUUAGACAGCUCAAAGCACCUGUGGGGUUUUCUGUACCCAGGAGGGGCUGCAGGAGGAAUAGCUGUAACUGUUCUGUAAAUCUGGCUGCACUGCAUUCCUACAGCAGGCAUGAAGUUAAGAGGAAAGCCAAGGUAAAUAUUUCUCUCACAUUGGCUGGAAAAGUCUUUAAACAAAGAUGACACAGACAAACAAAGAGAAAGCAAAGCAGUGGAAAUAAAACAAAUUCAGGGACUGUCUCCAAAUCUGAUAUCAUAUUCAGAGCCUCAGCUGGCAGACUCUGUACCUCUUUGGCCCGACUGAUCUGACUGAACCAACAUCUCCUUGUUUCCAUGAUUCUGUCAGGUUAAGUGUUCUUCUCGUUUUUAGGAUGCAGCAGUGAAUGCCAUUUUAACUGAAGCUGUUCGGUGAUGUUGGUUUUAUACACUAGACUGUUGCUUAUUCUUUUCGCUGGCUUUUUGUUUCCACUAGCAAUGAGACAC